AUGGCUCCUCGUAGAACACACCGUAAAUCUAAACGAGGUUGUUCGGAAUGCAAGCGUCGACACAUCAAGUGUGAUGAGACACGUCCUAUCUGCGUGAACUGCACCACCUCCAAACGAACAUGCAAGUGGGAAUUCGAUGUCAGGGCCCCAGCGACGACCCAGAUCGAGCCGACAAAGGCUCAAAGCACCCCGACCGAUCCCCAGUUACCUGCUGGCGGCGGACACCUGACACCCGUUGUCAGUGCAGGUUCUCACACGACCGGGGGCUCACCACUCGCGAUCUUCAGCCAAGGACGGGCUGACUCCAUCGUCAACAUUGACCACCUGGAACUUUUGCAUCACUUCUACACAGACACAUGCAGGACCGUAGUCCGAACGCAGGAUCAGAUCGAGCUGUACAGCAAACUCGUCAUCGCCCAGGGCAUCGCCAAUCCUUUCCUAAUGCACGAGAUUCUUGCCAUCUCCGCCAUUCAUAUCGGCAUCCUCCGUCCUCACCGGCGAGAGUACUACCACUCACUGGCGACAUCUCUCCAAUCGAAAGCACUGGCCGACUUCAACGAGAUCCUGUCGCGGAUUGAUGCCACCAGCUGCUUGCCUGUUCUGUUAUUCUCCCACCUAAUCGGACUUCACACAUUCCACGACAUCUUCAACGUCCUCAAGGACGAUUUCAAUACCUUUAUGGAUGGUCUGGUCGGCUGCGUCAGGCUACUCCGGGGUGUCAAUUUGGUGACUCAAACCUGGCGGGACGUUCUACUCCAGUCCGAGUUGGGUGACAUCAUGAGAGAAGCCGACCAGGCUCAUUGUAGCGAGAAAACCUCCCAUGGCGAAUGCUCUCCACUGCGGGAUCUGAUUGAUGCUGCCGACCUGAGCUUGUCAUCCAAGGAAGUUUGUAGGGAAGCUCUGGAAAAAUUACAAGAAUACUUCGACGUUGAGAAUGGUUAUCCUGGAGAACUCCUGGCCACGACAAAUGUCAUCUUCGCUUGGUUCGUCACCGCGUCUUCGCAGUACACCGAACUGAUGGAUCAGCGACGGCCCGAGGCUUUGAUCCUUCUUGCAUACUACGCAGUAUUACUCCACCGGCGCCGUAAGUCGUGGGUGGUGGGCGACGCAGGCCAGCGCCUCCUCACGUCCAUCACCACGCAUCUCGGCAGGCGCUGGGAGACUUGGCUAGCCUGGCCCAAGAACGCUAUCACAUUUGGUACGAGCUCGAAUACUCCAAUAUCAGCCGCUUAG